GCAGCAGACCUGGUUUGGAGAGCCUCCAUGACACACACAAUGUUGAAUUUACUAGCUACUCUUUUCUGUGUGUAUUUGGCACAAUCUAGUGCCAUUCUCACCAGCAGCUCUCCUAGUAUCCUGUCUACACACUGGCUGAUAUUUCCAAUGCAGUACUCAGCAAUAACAAAAAAUGGCACUCAAGGUAAAAUUGGAGCUUCAGCAAUCAAGUUUGUUGGAGGAAACAGUCAUUCAAAUACAGUAACCUGUUAUGGAAGCAGUGGCCAGCCAUAUGAGGGCAUUCCAUGUGACCAGGAGAACUGUGUACCUCUUACCUGGGUCUGCGAUGGGGAGCGGGAUUGUGAUAGUGGAGCUGAUGAAGCACAUUGUGGACAACGCCGGUGCCCAAGUGACAAAUUUGAAUGCACAGUCAGAGGAUCUGUUGCUUGCCUGGACAAGAAACAAGUGUGUGAUGGCCAUGUCGACUGCCAAGAUGGACAGAUUCACAAGACUCCUUCAUCUCUUCCCACCUCUUGCGAGCAAACCAAGACAAGAUCCGAUGAACGACCAGCGGGUGGAUGUCCCCACAGAAACUGCCGUGGUCCAGGUCGCAUUCCGUGUGCUGACAGGCGUGGAUGCAUAACACCUAAUCAGCAGUGUGAUGGUCGCAGAGACUGCCGUGAUGGUUCAGAUGAGACUGGAUGCCAACGCUGCCACUCGGAGUUCGAGUUCCAGUGUCACAACAAACGGUGUGUACCACAAGCAUGGUUAUGUGAUGGCCAAGCAGACUGUGAAGAUGGAGAAGAUGAGAAUUAUUACAACUGCCGAGAGCAUUUCACGCUUCAGCGCUUAAUACAGCCACUGUUAUUUGCGGCAAAUUUGUAAGCUGGUUGUACAGAGAGUAGCAUGGUUUGUGCUCAAGAGAUGGUCUACUGAAAUACUGCACAUAUUUUGAACAGUAGCUCAUUAUUUUUGGCGUUUAUUUCAAUACACAAAAUAUAAAUACAUAACAGUUACAUCAAACAAUGCACACAAUAAACAGAGUAAUAAGUUUUAA